UCCCGUCAUAACCCAUAAGGAAGGAGGAGGGCAACUACUGAGAUUGCUCCGAAGCACUAACAAAAUUUUGAAACCCAAAAUUUUGAAGCACUAACAAUAUUUACAAGAACCAAAAAGAACACUAUCGGUUAGAAUGGCGCUUUUUUUUUUUAAAUAACCGGUAAAACUCAACUACUCCACAUUCUAAUUUCUAUCUAACAAACGACAUGUCUUCUUCUCCUCUGUUCACUUCCCAACCAUCAGCACCCCCAAUAAGCCGCCCUCCCAAUCUCUCUCCUCCGUCGAGCCACCGUCCGACACCCGAAAAACUCGCAUUUUUACUAGACAAAUCCAGAAAUCUCAACCAAGUCCUCCAACUACAUGCCGUAAUUCUCCGGCAAGGCCACGAAUGCAACCCCAUCUUGAAUUUCAAGCUUCAAAAAUCCUACUCCAAUGUCGGUCGCCUCGACCGCUCUUUCUCUCUCUUUAAACGUACUGCAAACCCAGAUGUAUUCCUAUACACUGCCAUCAUCAAUGCUCACUCUUCUAGAGGACUCCAUUCUCAGACUUUUGAGCUCUAUGUUGAAAUGUUGAGCCAAGGUGUUGAACCUAAUGCCUUCACAUUCUCUUCCCUGUUGAAAUCUUGCUUGAUUAAAGAUGGGGUUUUGUUGCAUUGCCAGGCAAUUAAGUUUGGUUUUGAUGGUGAUUUGUUUGUGAGAACAGGGCUUUUGGAUGUGUAUGCUAAAGGUGGGGAUGUGUGGUCUGCACGCCAACUGUUCGACACAAUGUCUGAGAGAAGUUUGGUUGCAUCGACAGCGAUGCUGACUUGUUUUGCAAAGCACGGGCAUCUUGAUGAUGCGAGAGUGUUGUUUGAUGGGAUGGAGGAGAAGGAUGUGGUGUGUUGGAAUGUGAUGAUUGAUGGGUAUAGUCAGCAUGGAAGGCCUAAUGAUGCAUUGGUGCUUUUUCAUCAAAUGUUGAAGGAAAAAUUGAAGCCUACCGAAAUUACAGUUUUAUCAGUGUUAUCUGCUUGUGGCCAACUUGGGGCACUUGAGUUAGGCAAAUGGGUUCAUUCUUACAUUGUGAAUAACAGAAUUCAAGUUAAUGUUCAUGUGGGUACUGCUCUUAUUGAUAUGUAUGCUAAAUGUGGUAGUUUAGAGGAUGCGAGGAUUGUUUUUGAUGGUAUAAUGGGAAAGGAUGUCGUUGCUUGGAAUUCGAUGAUUGUAGGAUAUGCAAUGCACGGGUUUAGCCAAGAAGCACUGGAAUUGUUUGACGAGUUGUGUAGGAAGAAGUUUCGCCCUACUGAUAUUACCUUCAUCGGCGUCUUAAAUGCCUGUGCUCAUGGGGGUUUGGUGUCUGAAGGGAAGGCAUUAUUCUCUUUGAUGAAGGAGGUUUACGAUCUUGAGCCAAAGGUUGAGCAUUAUGGAUGUAUGGUAAAUCUUCUUGGGAGAGCUGGGCAUUUAGAGGAAGCUUAUAAUCUAAUUAAAGACAUGAAUGUUGAUCCCGAUCCUGUUCUUUGGGGAACAUUGCUAGGUGCUUGCCGGCUUUAUGGCAAUACAUCUCUUGGAGAGGAAAUUGCUAAGUAUCUUGUUAACGAAAACCUUGCAAAUGAUGGAACAUAUGUUCUUCUUUCUAACAUAUACGCCGGAGUAGGCAACUGGGAUGGUGUGGCCAAAGUGAGAGCCAUGAUGAAAGAGAGAGGAAUACAGAAGGAGCCUGGUUGUAGCUCCAUUGAGGUAAAUAAUAAGGUACAUGAGUUUCUUGCUGGAGAUUUGAGACACCCAAAGAGCAAAAACAUAUACAUGAUGUUAGAAGAGAUAAACCAGUGGCUAAAAGCACAUGAAUACUCCCCUCGAACAGAGACUGUAUUACGAGAUAUCGAGGAAAGCGAGAAAAAGCAAUCCUUGGGAGUUCAUAGUGAAAGACUUGCUAUUGCCUUUGGCCUGAUCAGUACCUCCCCAGGAACUACAAUAAAGAUUGUGAAGAACCUGCGCGUAUGUUCGGAUUGUCAUACAGUCACAAAGCUGAUAUCGAAGAUUACCGGACGCAGGAUAGUCGUGAGGGAUCGAAACAGAUUCCACCACUUCGAAAAUGGCAUUUGUUCUUGUGGAGAUUAUUGGUAGUUGUAAAUGAAAAUGCUUAGAGCUGUCCUUUGUAGCUGUGUGACCUGUGACUAUGUAUGAAUUAUGAAGUUACUGUACAUCUGUUACGCAUAAAAAACCAGAGUUUACAAAAAUAAAUAACAUAGAUCUAAAGUUACUCUGUUUAGUUA